UGCCACUUCCACUAUAUCUGUAGAAUUUUUUUUAAAGUUUCAUUCAUUCCGUUGUAGUUCGUAAAAUGCAAUCAUAUUAUUCUUUGUAGCAAGGAAAAGGAAACAGAUGGAAAAUAUUGAGUGCGGAAAGUGGAAAAGAUUGAGCAGCACUCAUCAUAUUUCUUUUUUGAAAACACAUAGUGGAAAAAGUUCGCGCUUAAAAUUUUAUUUAUAUUAACUUUCCUUUUCGUCCGUAUUCUUCUUUAUUUCCUUUGUGUUAUCGAGUUUUAAUGAGCCAUAUGUAUGCGGCCAAUAAAAGAAUUCAUUUUAUUUAUAAUUAUAGUUUUUUAACUGACUUAAAUUCUUUUAAAAAAAUUCUUUUUUGCACAAUUGAAAAUGUUGGUCAAUGAUGAGGAACAAGCCAAUGUUAAUAAUUUCUACAGUCCUUUGUGCAAAACUAAACCGUAUUUAACCCCUGAACAAAGGAAAAAAUUACGAGAAAAAAGGAAGAUUGAUAUAUCUCCUGUAACUGAAGAUAUUGAUAAGUCAAGUCAGAAUAAAAAAGUCAAGCGACUUUUUUCUCAGAAGCCGAAAUCAAAGACAACUGGUCAAAAAGCAUCUCAGAAAAAAGUGACUAAGGUUAGUCUGCCAGAAGUUUGCUGUACUGCUGCUACAUGGGUACCCCAAAACAAGAAAACUUCCGGAAAUAAGAAGUUUUUCAAAUCUAGAUCUCCUGGGCAUUUGAAGAAAGCUAAAUUCGUUUUAGAGUAUAAAAAGUCACGCUUAGAAUUUGGUGUUAGCUCUUCGAAUAUUUCUUCACCAAAAUCUGUGCAUAAUGCCAUGACUGAAUCUGUUGAAAAAGAAUUGAAUGUGAGUGAAAAAGUGACUGAAAAUCCACAUAUAGUGACAGUGGCUUCAAUUGAGAACGAAUUUAAGCAGUCAAUUCGAGAAGAGACUGCUAAAGAGUUAGUUUUAGAGUCACCUCCUAAAGUUGUGUGUAAUGAGAAAACUGUCUAUGAAGUAUUUCAAUCUCCAGAAGCAGUUAAAACUGGAACUCUUGCAUCUGAUUCAGUAUCCACUUCUCCUGUCAAGCAGGAAAUUCAAUCAACUACAAGUAAACCUAAGAAUUAUCCAAUCUUUGAUAAGGAAAAUAUAAAAAAGAUAAAAUGGGAUACUUCUCCAUAUGAAAAGUUUUUAAAUGAAUCUUUUCGCACAAAAGACAAAUCGAAAGGUGGCGAGCAACUGAUUAUAGAUGCUGGGCAAAGAAAGAUUGGAGCUAUCAUGUGUGGAACUUGCAACAUGGUGUAUACAAUUGGUCACGAAGAAGAUGAGAAGCUUCAUUCUGAGAAUCAUGAUAUAUAUCUUCAAUUAAAAUUUCCAGGCUGGAAAGAUGAGAGAGUGAUUGGUAACUAUGAUGAUGGCAGAGUAAUUAAGAUACUGAAAGAGGAUAAACAUUUUAAAUUGAAAAAAGUUCAAGAUAUUCUGCUUCUCAUUAAUAGGGAGUUAGGUUUUCCUUCUGCAGUGUAUAAUGGGUACCUCCAAGGACAGAAUAUCAUGAUUAUAAUGUUCAUUUCGAGUGAUAAAUUUGUUAAAGGUUGUUUAGUUGCUGAAUCAAUCACUUCGGCUUCACCAGUUGUGUUACAUGAGACAGGUACAUCUAAAAGCUAUUAUGCCAGUUCAAAAACAGUCCGUGCAAUUUGUGGCAUAAACAGAAUUUGGGUUGCAAGAAAGUGUCGGAAACAAAAAAUUGCUUCUCGUAUGGUAGAUUGUUUAAGAAGUAAUUUCAUCCUUGGUCUAGUGGUGAGUCUGGAAGAACUAGCAUUUACGGAUCCUACUGAAGAUGGCAUGCAAUUUGCUUCUUCUUAUACAGGAACUGAUAACUUUCUUGUCUAUAAAUAAGUAUUUUGUUUAGAAUACUUUUAUCUGUGAUUUCAAAGACUUUAAGAUUUAUUUCUGUGUUUACUAAAAGUUUGUAUAUUGAGAACUCAAAAGAUUCUAUGUUUAGUUCAAUAUUUGAAAUAUUUUUUUAUUUAUCUGAAAGCAUUUCAGUCUAUUUUUUAUUUUGUAAAAAAACGAAGAAUAUUAUUUUUGUGUUUUCUUUUUAAAAUGUGCUGUGUUUAAAAAAUCUAAUAGUUUUAUAUACUUUCAUAGUUCGUGUAUUGAUUUUUCAUGUUCCCAACAUUGAUUGUUAAAUCAGUAGUUUCAUUUUUAUUAUUAAUAACAUUGGUUUCAUUGUUAAAUUUUUCAUCAGCAAUUCAUAAAGUUAUGAUUAAUUUUAUUUUUCUAGAAUAUUUGAUGUUUAAUACAAGUGUUUCAGGCAGUAAUUCUCAAAUUAGGUCUUAUUAUCCUCAUAAUUUGCUGCACAAAUUUUAGUACCAAUAAUAUUUUUGUGUAAAAUUAUACCUCUCCCCCAAAUUUUAUUAGUAGUAUAUUAUUUGGUGCUUGAUUUCAUAUUAUUGUUUUACAAAUAAUUCGUAGCUUUUGAAUUACUUUAAUGUAGCUAUAUGAAAUUAACUAAAUUAUAAUAAUAUAUUUAAAAAUUGAAUAAAUGUAGAAAUUAAGUAUGUUAUGAAAAUAGUAAAAAUUAAUUUAAUUUGUACUCAAUUGUUUACUUUUAGCAUAUAUUUUUAAUGUAACCAAUUUUUUCUGAACAAUUUUUUUCCACGAUUUUCCUUUAAAUUUUUUUCUUCUUAUUAUUGCUUAUAUUUAUAUUAAUGUUUUAUUUUUAAUCAUGUUUAUCUGAAUUUCCAGCCUUUUUUCUUUCAAGUUAACUUAUUAAAAAAGUAUAUUUGUUCUACAUUUAAAACUUAUUUAGUGAAAAGUACUUAUCACCAGUUUUGUUUAUCUUAAUAGUGUUAAAUUUGAUUGAUGGAAAAUUGAAAUUGCUAGUUUUAAAGUUUUCCAAUGACAAUAAAAUGCUAAAUAAUUUUCCAAUGUUCAAAAAUGCGUAUUAAAUUUGUAUUUAUUUAUUUUAUGUUGAUCUCAAAAAAAGUUGCUUCUAAUGGAAGUGAUGAAAUUUUCCUUUGUUGAAUGGUAUUUUUCCUUAAUUAUUUUUAAAUUACAUUAUUUGGUGGCAAUAGUUUAUUUUAUAGCAUUGCAAAAAAUUGAAACUACCUAACUAUAGCAACAAAUAACCUUUUUUAAUUGCUGUCAUCAUUAAAAAAAUUUUUUUUUAAAUUUUUUUUAACUUUGUAUUUGUAUUCUUUUUUAAUUUAAAGUAUAUUUAGUUUUGUAAAAGUUAGUAUAAUAAAUGAAACUGAAUACUGUGCAUAAAAGAGUUUCAUUGCAGAUUCUAUAAAGCUUUGUAACUGAUUAAAAGUUGUCUGUGCAUUA